UCGCUGACCGCGGUUAUGACGUCAUGCCCCCUCCCCAGGCCCUCCCCCGCCUCUGCAGCACCCGGCCCCCCCGAGCCCCCCCCGGCCGCGCCCUCCCCAUACCUGGAGCGGCCCUGGGCGUACCUGGAGAGCGAAGAGUACCGCGCGGCCUACGGGGCCAGCCCGGUGUGGCACGGCUACCGGCGCAACCACAAGGGCUCCGUGCCGCCCCAGCGCGCCCGCAAGGCCUGCCUGCGCCGGGGCCGGCCCGUGGGGAACCCCUGCCCGCUGUGCCGGGACCGGAACCUGCUCGUGGACUUCCGGAACGUGAAGCUGCUGGACCAGUUCAUCUGCCCCCAUUCCGGGGUCAUCUUCGACCCCAUCCACACAGGGAUCUGCCUGAAGCAGCACCGGCGCCUCUCCCAGGCCAUCGCCCAGGCCCAGGCCCAGGGUCUCCUGUGGCUGCAGGUGCCCUUCGUGCCCGUGCCCGACGAGGAUUUCUCCAACCGGCACGCGGCCGUGGGCAGGACGCCGCCGGCGCCCGCGCUGACGGAGCCGCGCCGCGCCUGGUACCCCUGGUACGAGCGGUGGCGGCCGCCCGCCGCCGAGCUGGCCCGCGUGCGCCGCCUGUACCGCGGCUUCCUGCGGGAGGAGCACCCCGACACCGCCCCGGGCCCCUCGGCGAAAUAAAACCCGUGAAAAUCCCCCGGA